GAAUACUGAAUAAAUAAUUAAUGUUCACGUCGGUAAUGGACGUACGAAUGCCGAACGUUGAAUAACAGGUGAAAGUAAGACGUAACCGUGUGAGUACCAAAGUGUAAUCUCUGCUGUAUUCUGUUGCCGGAGACCGAAACGGUUAACGGCGAUCAAUCGUCGGGCGUACGGACUGCGGAAACGAUGUGAUACGGUUACCGGAUUGCGUGUCAUUACUUUGCGGAAUUAAAAAUACCUUUCGUUUGCACGUCGUUCGCGUGUGCAAACUAACGCGAUUCGAUCUUAGCGUUUCGGCCCCAGACAUGACCACCAAGCGGAGCACUCGGUCGGGGUCGAUCGAAUCGAACUACAUACCGACGGGUUUGGCCAUGAGAUCCGAGACCAAAGGCACGCUGUUGGUCAGGGAACCGACGACCGUGUCCAGCAUAUUCUUGACGGUGUUGCUGUUCGCGUGCAGAAAAUAUCUGUUUUUAUCGACGCACAAACGGCUGUUUGUGUAUUUGGUCUUGCUGGUCGCUUCCGUGGUCGGCGACUUUAUCAAGUUCCCGAAAAUCUACUUCGCCAACAGCGACACGUUUCUCAACCAGUACUUGGUCAAGUUGGGCUGGUUCUGGACCUUGCUGUGGACGCUUUCGUUUCUGAUAACCACCAGCAAGGUAUUUUGCCUCAACACUCGAUCCAGCAUUACCGUGCACGCCAGUCGCCUGGUCAUUGCCACGUUUUUCUGGUACUUUUGGACGAACGCUUUCAAUCGGCUCGAAGAUUAUUAUGGCAAGUGUUCUGGAGGCAAAGGACUGGGCCGAUCGUCGUGCAAGUCCGCUGGCCAUCAGUGGAGAUCGUUUGACAUAUCCGGUCACGUAUUCAUACUCAUAUAUAGUACGUUGGUGAUGAUAAGUGAAGCGAGGCCAAUCAUCGGCUGGGAUAAAAUUCAAGACGUGUUGAGAAAUGAAGAGAACGCACGCAAAGAAGGCAAAAGUGUGGCUACCACAUUUAGCAAUCUGAAGGAAGAUGAACUGCAAGAGAUGAAAACUGUCUACAAGCAGAUGACACCUUUUGUACAAAUUUUAUUCUUAGUAAUCACAAUUUUUGUGGCUGUUUGGGAGUUAAUGCUUAUCACGACGAUGAUGUAUUUCCACACAAUGCCUGAAAAACUAUUGGCAGGUAUAGUGGCAAUGUCGACUUGGUUUGUAACGUACAGAGCCUGGUACAGCUCGUCAUUUUUGCCCCCUCUGCCUGGUGACGGAUUCUUUAAAAAUCAAGCACUUCAAAAGAGUGAAAUAGGUAUUUAGUUAUUAGUACAAUAUCAUGACAAUAUAUUGGUGUUUUGUAUUUUUUUUCAAUAACAAAAUCUGUAUAUUUAUAUAUAGGUAAAGUACUAUAUUAUAUCUGUAUGUGCAGUGGCGUGGUGAAGAGAUAAUUGCCAGACAGCCUCUGAGUUUUUUUAUUGGGAUGGUGGGUUGGUGGGUGGAUGGAUGGGUAAUGGCCAAUAAAUAAUAAUUUAAUAAUCAAUUAUUUACCACUAUAGGAAGUUAAUAAAAGUGCCUUUAAAUUUUAAGUGGAUUGAUUGUUGGAAUAAUUGUCUACAGCUUUUGUAAAAUCUCAAAUUCAUCACGCCAUUAUGUAUGUGUUCAUUUUGAAUAACAAUUUUUACUAGUUUUAAAAUUUUUUUUGUUUUCAAUAUACAGUAGAGCGUUGAUCAUCCAUAUUAAUUGGGACCUAGAGGGGUAUGGUAUGGAUAAUCAAAUAUGCAUCAAAAAUAAAGUUAAAAAUUAAUUUCUUGUGUGUAUAAUAUAUUUAUAAUAUGAUACAUUAGAGCGAGUCGUAAUAGACAAUGAAAUAAUCUUGUAUUUUAUAAUGUAUAUACUAUAAAAUGAACAUAACGAAUUAUAAAACUAAAUGAAACAAAACAGAAAUUUGUACAAACAUUUUGUGAUGCGAAUAAUUGACACUCUACUGUAUUGAUAUAUAUAUUUAAAUUUUUGAUUGUUUUUAUUUAGGUUUUUUAUUAUUG